UAGAAAUCAAAAUAAAUAUUGCAAUUUGUUUUAUAAAAUUUAAUAAAUAAAAAGUUUGGAAAAUAAUUUAAAUAUGGGAAGAGUAUGUGCAGUGAAUGACUGUAAAAGUGGUAGGGUUAGUGAUAAUAAGCGACGGAGUCAAAUGGGUUUAAGAAAACCAGUACUUUUUAAAGUGCCAAAAAGCCCAACAAAACGUCAGCAAUGGAUAAAAAAUCUGUCGACAGAUUUAAAUGAAAAUCAGUAUAUUUGCGAUCUGCAUUUUCAAUCUAAUGAUGUCCAGCAGUUUUAUAUUACAACUUUACCGAACGGUGAGGUUAAUGUUAUGACAAAAGGUCGAAUAACUCGGAAGUUGGAAGCAGCUCCUUUGAUUCUCAAUAAGGAGCAAAAACAAGAGCAUCUGCUACACCAGCAACAACAGGUGAAGCAGCUACAACAAGAACAGCAGUUGCAACAACAACAACAAGAACAGCAAGUAAUUCAAAAGCAAUUAAGUUACGAUGAAAUUAUAGUAGAAAAAAAUCAGCAUCCUGCAUCUUCUAAUAAAAACAAAGUUCUGCUGGCGUGUGACGAGGUAUCGACAAAGCGACGAAAAUGUUCAGAGCAUGAUAUUGAUAAUAUCGACAAGACGAGUCUUGAUGGUGAUAUAGGUAUUAUCAUUACUGAAUUGAAUAAAUCAUUUCCAAUCGGUUGGUGUUUCUUCCCUGAUGGUAAAAAACUGAUUGCAAUUCAGUUAGAUCGAAUCAAAUUUAAAGAGAGGAUACGUGUAGUAAUCAAUGCUGAUCGAUCUGUGAUGGUCACUUAUGUUGAACGUUGUCAAAUCAAAAUGGAUAUACAGAUUCGGUUUAUCAAUGAUUUAAUUAAUUUUUUGAAAUCGAUGGAACAUAAAAAAUUAUGUGCUGGCACAGGAUUUGUCAAAAAAAGUUACUCAUUGAAAUGCCUUGGUGAUGUCAGCGAUCUGUACAAACGUUGCCAAUCUUACCCGAGAUGUCCUGAGUGUCGCAAACUUCGUUUAUUGUUACAAAAAAUUGAAAAAAAUGAAUUGAGAACCGAAAACAAAACUACCAAGAGUAAAGCUAAAGAUACUAAGAUAAAGUUUAUAGAAAAAACACGGGGGUAUACAAUAGCAGGCUGUAAAUAUACAACUGCGAAGUGUCUAGAAGACCAUGAUUAUGAUGUAUCAACAAGUGAGGAAGUCCAAGCAAUAUGACGGUUUAUUGUGGGCCAGUGAUGGUUUAUUUAAGCUCACAAUGCACUUAGAAGCAGCUUUUUUAGACGUCGUUAGCAGAGUCAGACAGAGAAUUAUUAAACAGGGUUGAGAAGGUACUACCACAAUUGAUUCGUUGGGUAUUCGAUUCAUCAGCAUGAAAGAACAAGAGAAAUUAUUGAUUUUUACUUAACUAUGAGGGUUCACUUUUAAAGUAAGACAUUUAAUAAAAAAAAAUCAAUUUGAAGAAAACAAAAACUGAGAAAAAACGCCAAACUUGUAUAAACAGCAAUCACUGAUUAAUACAAUGUUAAAAUUAUAUUUAACUUAGUUUCUAUUUCAGUGUAAAUAAUUUAUGUAAAAUACCUUGCAGAAUAUGUA